GUUAUCCCGAAAGAAAGAGGGGUGGCGUGAGUGGCCAUUGCGGCAGCGGCUUCCACCGAAGAGAAAGGACGUUUUUCUCAUCCUUCUCGUGGUGGUCUGACUUCUGCCAAAAUGAGCGGCCUGGAUGGGGGCGAUAAAUUUCCUCUUCCUAGACCCCGCGGCCUCUCCACCUCCAACGGUGCGGCCGGAGAGCUGGACCAACUGCAGUGCCGGAGAAUCUGCAAAGAAGCCAAGGCAAUACAGGUGAUGGCGGACAUGGGCAGGGGCGGCUUGGAGGCUGCAGCGGAGGGAGGCGCAUCCCGCGAAUCUGCGGACUGCGGUUUUGCGCUCCGCUUCCGAGUUGCAGGGACCCGCAGCCACGCACCUACUAAAACCGAGCAGGAAGCCGUAUGCCUGGAAGCAGCCUCUGCCUCGGUGGCACCUGGCAGCAGCCAGAAAAAUGGCGGUCAGGGCGGAGAGGCACGGUGUCCUGGUGGGAAGAAGGCCCUGGAAGCCUGUGGCGCAGUGGGGUGUGGUGCAGUGGGCUGUAAGGCUCAGAUGAUGGCUGGGGCGAAGGCGAAGGAAGCGGCAACUAAAAAGGGCGCCAUCUCUGCGGCCGCGGUCAAGGGCCAGGGAGAAGCAAAGGAGGUGGAGGAAAAGAAGGUGGCACAGAAAGAGAAAAAGAUGGCAGAGGAUGUGAAAGAGAAGACUGGGCCCAGGGCCUCGAAAGUAAAUAAUUCAAUGGACUCUCUGGAGGCUAUAGACCAGGAGCUGUCAAACGUAAAUGCCCAGGCUGACAGGGCCUUCCUUCAGCUGGAGCGCAAGUUUGGCCGGAUGCGAAGGCUCCAUAUGCAGCGUAGGAGUUUCAUUAUCCAGAAUAUACCAAAUUUCUGGGUCACCGCCUUUCGGAACCACCCCCAACUGUCACCCAUGAUCAGUGGCCAAGAUGAAGAUAUGCUUAAGUUCAUGACCAAUUUGGAAGUGGAGGAGCUUAAACACCCCAGAGCAGGCUGCAAAUUCAAGUUCGUCUUUCAGGGUAACCCCUACUUCCGAAAUGAGGGGCUCGUCAAGGAAUAUGAGCGCAGAUCCUCUGGCCGUGUCGUGUCUCUUUCCACUCCAAUCCGAUGGCACCGGGGCCAAGACCCCCAGACCCAUAUCCACAGGAACCGGGAUGGAAACAGUAUCCACAGUUUCUUUGACUGGUUCUCAGACCACAGCCUCCUAGAGUUAGACAAGAUUGCUGAGAUUAUCAAGGAUGAACUGUGGCCCAAUCCCCUGCAAUACUACCUGAUGGGUGAAGGGGCCCGCAGAGGAACGAGAGGCCCAGCAAGGCAGCCAGUGGAGAACCCCAUGUCCUUCAGAUUCCAAUCUGGCUAACUCCUGCCUUUGUGAGAAGCUCCUGCACAAGUUUCCUUAACCACCACCUCUUGGACCUAUGCUUGGCCAACAGCAUGCAGUAUUUCAUCUGCUUUCUCUUCAUACAGGAUUGUUUUGUUCUUUGGUUUUUCUGAAUUUUCAACAAUCAAUUGCAAGAUUGUCACCCACAUGACUGUGCUCUUCUGCUUCCUCUUGGUCUUCAUGCUAUUCUGCAUUGUAGUAUGUGUUCCAAGUGCAUGGUCUACCACUGCUUCUAUGCCAAGGACACAAUGCUGUAGAUAUGCACUGCCUUCUUUUGCAUGACUUGGUCCCUGUCUGUGGCCAGUCAGUUUUGUAUGUGGUUAUUCACCAGUCAGCCAGAAGGAAGCUUGAUAACAUCUUUGCAAACAACUAGCUGGGCUUCAUACUUUAUGAUGGCUGUGCUGCGAUACCCAUGCAAGCUCUUUUGAGUUUCACUGCUGCAAAAUAAAGCUGAUGUAGGUGGUGUCAGCCAACAACCCAAGCUGGACAUUCCAGGCUACCACUACUGGCCGCUGAUACAGAUGGUACCAGCCAUCAAUCCAAACUGGACAUUCCAAGCUACCGCUACUGGAUCCCUUCUGUCUCCCUGGCCCAUGCCGUCCACUCUGCUGGUUAUCCAGCAGAACAGACAGGUGGCUGGUGAGUGGCUGGUUGGCAUGACUGAAGUAACGGAUGAAAAGUGUUCUGUGUUAUCACAUUGGUUUUCCUCUGCCAUCAGUCACUCUGCAUUGUGACCAGCUUAUUGGUGAGUCUUUGAAGGCCUGUGCUGAGUCCCAUCCUCACCUGCUUUCAGCACAAGCCACCAUUGUGUGCCUCACAGGAACUAUCUGUGGAGCCACCACACAGGAAAACUCCCCCCCCCCCCUCAGAUAUUACCUGUAAACCUCAUUGGCUGUCAGGCAGGUUGGGCAGUCAUUUGUGACAGUGCCCAGAGCAGGCUAGAAUGGAGGCCUUUCCCCAGCAGUCAGCCUUUUGAGCCCAGCCAAUGAACCAUACUUAAUCUAGGCAACUUUGUUGGUUCCCCCUUUAUUCCCCUCCUGAACCUACUCUGAAUAUGACCAGGGUGCCAGAAUAGGGGCACUGAGGAAGGGGUAUUUCUGGUCUGUUAGGGCCUAUUAUGCCUCUUUUGUCUUUUAAAUAGUUACAGCUCAGAAACAGGAAAAAACAGGAAGAAAAAACCUAGCACAGCAGGUUCUCCUCUUGAUUGUGUCCAAAGGGAGAAAGAAGUACUGUAAAAUAGACUUCAGAUCUCUUUUUAUUCUCUUGUACCCUCAAGCCUUUGUCCCACUUCCUUUAGCAGGGCCUAAAAAUUUCAAAAGGAGACCCAUAGGUAAAUUGCUGAGCUAUGGGCAGCGUUUUUUUAGGCCAGUAGUGACAACCCCACUCCUUUUACCUAUCCAUUACAACAAAACCUCCUGUGUGUUUCUUGAACUUUAGUUUGGGAAGCUGGGAGGAGACAGAGAAAGGCCCAGUAGUGAUGGGUUCAGGACCCACCCAGAGCAGUAUGUGAUCUAAGGCAACCAAAGCUUAGCUUCACUCCACUUGUCUUAAGAUGGAAAUUCUUUUCUGGGUCUUGGCCCACUUAAAAUUAUAAAGCCAAGGUAGCAUUUUGUGAGUCACCCCUGUCCUCUGUCCCCUUUUUAUGACGUUCCAGGGUCCUCCAUCCUGCUCCCUAGUUUCCUUGGCCCUCAGGCCUCAGUUUCCCAAUUUCAUUCCCUGCUUCCCAGCCUGAGGGAGCAGGCUGCAGUCUGCAUUGUGGAAGACCCCAAGCCUCCCUCCUAGUAAGUGAGGGGAUGUGCAGUUGUCCAGGUUUCUAGGGCAAGGUUCAGUAGAUGGGACGGCAGUGCUGUCAGUCUGUCUUAUUAGUGGGGGUAUUUGGUGGUGGUGAUGAAUAUCUGACCUUUCCCCUUCCUUUUUGAAGGCUUUGCCCUAAGCUGGGGAGCUCUAGACAAAGCAGUGGGGAGGUGCUCUCUAGGCUGGGGAAACUGAAAAGAGCCUGCUGUGGAGUGGAUUUAGACAGGCAGACAAGGACUGAAAGCCUGUGGAGGCAGGGGUGGGAGGGAGGCCACUGUGGCUUUUCCCAGGGUAGGGAUGGGAGAAUCAACGAGGUUGGGGUUUGAACAGAAUGCUUGGAGGAGGGUUUUCCUCCAUUUUUUCUUCUGUGAAUUUACCAGUAGAUAUUUGUUAACAAAAAUGUAAGUCUAGGUGUUUUCUCUCUAUUGUUCUAGCAGUGACAUUUUAUGUGGAAAAUUAAUGGUGUAUGCUCCUUAUUUUGUGGUUUUUGUGUAAAAUCCGAUUAAUUCCUUUCUCUUUUUCUGCCUCCUCGGAAAAUCGAGGUUUAUAGGCCUGCUUAUUGCUUGUAAUUGAGAACGUUUGCAAAUAUACCAAUUUUGUUUUCCUGUGCCGUAUGUAUACUGGCGUGAAUAUUUUAUGUAUCAGCUUGUUCUGGUCUCUGUUCAUAUAUAUAGCUGUAUUCUUAGAAAUAUAAUCUGAUAAUGUGAUUUUUCAAGAGUCUGAAGAAUUUGGAAAUUGUUGUAUGUCUUGUGAAAGUAAUCUUACAAAAAAAAAUUUGUUGUCUUACUUGAUAAUCUGUUGUCCUAUUAGUAAUGUUGUACUUGACAUUUUAUGUUGCUAACCAGUGUAAGUACUUGUAGAAUACUCUGUCAAACUAGAGGAGGAUCGUAAGCACUCUUGUCUUCUCUUGUGUUCUUGAAGUAGAAAUAAAGUCUGUCACUCUAUUAUAUUUCUUAUUUUCACCUAAAAUAAAAAUUAAAAAAGAAUA